AUGGAAACUUCUAAAUUUGUGAAGCAGUUGGCUUCUAACAACAGGGUUGUUAGGGAGAAGGCGUUGGAGACGCUGGAGCAGUUUAUUGUGAGUGCGCAGUUCAAGAAGUCGAAGCAAGUUCAGUUUGAUAAGCUAUGGAAGGGUCUUUACUAUGCGAUGUGGUUCUGUGACCGUCCUCGUCCACAGCAGCGGUUGGCCUCUACGCUUGGUGCGCUGCACGUACGGUUCUUUGACGAGCGCGAUAGCGGUGCGGAGGAGCUUACUGUCAAUGACAAGGCGUUCGUGCGGUUCAGCAAGGCGUUCUGGAGGAUCAUGUGUCUUGAGUGGCUGGGGAUCGACAGGUUCAGGCUGGACAAGUACCUGCUGCUGAUCCGUCGUGCGCUGUUUAACCAGUUCAAGUACCUGCAGAUGAGGCAAUGGCAUGCGCCGCUUGUUGCCAAGUAUCUGGAGCGAGUUCUGGGCGCCAUCCCGUUAAGUGGUGACCCUAAGGUGUACAACGGUAUACCAAUCCAUGUGAUGGAUAUCAUGUUGGAUGAAUGGGAGCGUCUGGCGUUGGAAGACGAGGAAGAAGAGCUUGAGGAGGACAAGAAGCUGGAAAUAAUGAAGGAGUUUGUCUCUGGCUCGCCAUUGGACCAAGUGCUAGAUAUACUGCGCAACUUGCUGAAGAACUACGAUAACAGCAAAAUCCUAAGAGACAAGAUAAAGAAGGAAGUGCUCACCGACAAGAGACUCGCACAAUGGGGCAUUGUCGAAAAGAAACAAACCGAAGAGGAGAAAGAGGCCCAAUCUGAAGAAGAAUGGAAAGGAUUUUAG